AUGGCGACUUAUAAGCUUCCAGAUCUACAAACUGGUCAAUCGUCAUCCAGCUCUAUAAUACUUUAUGGCGGUGGAAAUGGUCCAACCAAUGGACUCAAUGGUAUCGCCGUCGGUUGGCAAGUUUCAACAAUCGUAUACGAAACUAGUGAUCCUCGACUUUUUACGUUUUGGACUAUUGAUGACAAGAGUAACACGGGAUGUGUGGAUUUCCAAUGUGCUGGUUUUGAUUAUAAAACAGGGAAUUGGUGGGUGACAUGUAAUAAUGAGAUAUCUCUAGGGUAUUUCCCCAAGGAAUUGCUUCCAAAGAUGGAGGAUAAUGCAUUGUUGGUUCAAUUGGGUGGGUUUGUCAACUCUCCCUUGAAUGUGCCAAGCCCUCCGAUGGGUAGUGGUCAUCCAAGUAAUGAAGGAUUUAAUAAAGCUGCUUAUUUCAUUGAAGUUCAGUUUGUGGACGAGCAUGAUAACUUGUUCGAUCCGUAUCCUCCUGAUCUUCACCCUCGUGCUGAUAUUAGUGAUUAUUAUAGUGUAGCAGAUAAUCAUUAUGCAAAUGAUAAAGAUAAAUAUGUUUUUGCUUAUGGAGGAGCUGGAGGUUUCAAAUAA